CGUCCAUCGCUGCGCUUCUCCCUCUGUCUUCAUCGCGUUCAUCUAAAAUGGAUGUCUCGACCCGCUUCCCGCUCACACAACUGAGCACUUUUCUGGACGAUCCCAAUUGCUCCUGGAAGGAGUAUGUUAAUGAAGUACACCGCGCAAAAUCCGUAUUGCUGGCGGAAUUAGAGAGCAUAGAGGACAAGGAAACCCGAAAGCUCUAUCGGGAGGCAAUCAACGACUUAAACAGCAGAAAGACCCGCGAUGGUUUCAGCGAGUAUAUGGAGAUUAAAAACAACAAGCGCCUUGUCCUAGAGUCGCACUUGAAGGUCGCAACAGUCACGGCCGCUCAUGAUACGAUUGUCGAGAGAGUUAUGAGAAAGCGAAAAGCGGACUCUACAGGCCUGCCUCCACCAAAGCGAACUUGCUCCUCUCCGGGAGAGAUCUUUGACUCCUAUCGGGAGAGUGGAGAUACGGUUGAGAUUGGCUCCUAUGAGGCGAGUGGAGAUACGGCUGAGAUUGGCUCCUACGAGGAGAGUGGAGAUACGGUUGCCUCUCAGGGAGAAAUCGCCUACGACCUUCAGCCGCCAGAACAUAAUGAAGGAUUUGACUCCUAUCAGGAGAGUGGAGAGUUUGGCCCGAUUGUCACGAGAAUAAAGGAAUUGCGCUCCUCCGGCUCACCCGGUGCUUUGAGUACUCUUUUUUGGAGCGUGGUUGACUUGCGGACGCAAGAAUAUCCGGAUUUCCCACUCCCUAUGAACGAACGCGGGUGCACACUCCUUACCGGAGAAACAAUUACAAAGUUGAAUGAGCAUUUCCAGUCCAUCAUGCUCGAUGCUCAAGAGAAGCUUUCAACUUCCGUUGUCUCGUUAUUCGAGGUCUUGCGCUCUUUAGUGCAAUAUGACCGAUCCGAGUAUAGUAUAGCCAAGCUUUCUAACGUGCUCCAUCGCGGAGGAAUAUGUGCACUGAAGUUGCUUUUCUCUGAUAAGUUGGAGGGGAUGGAGAGGUUGUGGAGAGAUCAAGGUAGUGAAGAUGAGCUGCAGUCAGUGGAAGAGACCCUUGCCGCCUGUCAGGCGAUCGAUCCAGAUGAUUCAAUGACGAAGUGGGUCUGUCGGAAAUUUUACGACGCCGAGGAUAUGCUUCUGAUGCCCUCUGACCCCACUGAGAGAACGAUUGACGCAUAUUGUAUCCUGCCAUUUUCGAAGCUACCGGUUGUGAGCCUACGGUACGGUGAAGGCGCCUGUAAGGCGGAUGCAGAGGAUAAGAAGAGGAGAAACUCCGAGUCGAAAGGGAAACAUGUAGAUUUUAAUCACUUUCUUGGUGGCAAAGAAGUUGGAACGGGCGAGAAUGCUGGUGUUAAGCCCACGCAAGACAAAAAAGAUAUGGAUUUUGUAGCGGGUGUCAAGUGCUCGGUAGCAUUGAUUCGCUCCUACAAGCAGAGGAUUGUAAGCUCCUGUAAGGAGAAUGGGAUCGAUGCACCCCAAGAUAUCAUCGAAGACUUGCAAAAUCUAGCUGUCCCGUUUUACCAUGUCCAAGGCACCGUCUGCAUGUUCUUCCUAGUGUUCGCCAUUGGGAAUGAGUUGUAUGGUUUGAAGGAAUGGGAUUUUGUUGACUUCGGUUCGAUGGGUGAAUCCGUGGACGUAAUCUUGGAUAUGGCGUGGAACUUCCUUUGCGUACAAGCAUUGCAUCAAAGCUUCGAAGCCUCACGUCGAUACAUCACCUUGAAGGUGGAUAAGAUCAUUGGUCGACAGAAAUCCCAAAAACUUAGGACGAUAUGGACAAUCGGCUCCCGAGGACGAGGCCGGCACUUAAGUCAACCAUUGCGGCGGAGGUCCUGGACUGCUGCAUCGGUCCCUAUCCCUGGCCAUACCCCUAAGAAAGGGCUCGGAAAAAUAUGAGCUGCAACCUCCUUAUAGGAGACGAGUUGUGGUUAGGAUUUGUGGCGAGGUUGUAAUGAGGGUUAGGGUUAGGGUUAGAGGCGUCGUUUCUUUCAAUCCACACUUUUUUGUGCUGAAGCAUCGGCGGGCGCCUCCGAGCCACCUUCUUUUACGCAUUCCAUUUGUUUCUUGGGGGACUCGCUUCUACAAAAGCUCCUUGAAGGAGAAAUGUUGUACAAAAUAAAGCCAAAUAGUAAGACAGAAAGCAAAUACCGCUACAGUACGGAAGCACUCUGGUAUAUACUGUAUGAUGUAUAUAUCCCGGUAAAGGUCUUUAUUUUCACUCUGUAUUUUCAAACUACUGCAAGAACUUGGGGCUCAAUUCCGAAAAAGACCACUCGCCUUGGUAAUUAC